AUGCUAUCCGCUUCCAGGUCUUUAAAGUUAUCAACUAAUAUACCAUUUGCUCAUCCAACUUUCUUGUUGUUACCAACAACAGUUAGCAAAAUAACCGCUAAAAAUGUUUCCUAUUAUUCUAGCAUUCCAUCCUCUUCUGUGGAAAAGAAAAUCACCUCAACCAAUGAACAUCUGUCAACCAACAAAAUCAUUACUAAACGAAAACGUUCCACUGUUCUAAAAGAUAAAUUGGUUCAAGGCCCAAAAUUCGAAGACUUUUUAACUGGUAACGCAAUGAAUUUCAAAUUAGAUCCAAUAGCCGAGGCAAUCCGGGAUACAGAAAAAAUCAAGAAAUUACCAUCAUGGCUAAAAGUUCCCAUUCCAAAGGGCACCAAUUUUCAUAAAUUAAAGAAAGAUGUCAAGGAAUUAAAAUUAAGUACUGUAUGUGAGGAAGCUAAAUGUCCCAACAUUGGUGAGUGUUGGGGGGGUAGAGAUAAAAGCAAAGCAACUGCAACCAUCAUGUUAUUAGGUGACACUUGUACCAGGGGCUGUAGAUUUUGUUCAGUGAAAACUAACCGUACUCCUGCUAAACCCGAUCCAAUGGAACCAGAAAACACAGCAGAAGCCAUCAGUAGGUGGGGCUUGGGUUAUGUUGUUUUAACUACAGUAGAUAGAGAUGAUUUAAUUGACGGUGGUGCUAAACAUUUAGCGGAAACUGUGAUCAAAAUAAAGCAAAAGGCUCCUCAAAUAUUGGUAGAAACUUUAAGUGGAGAUUUUAGAGGAGAUUUAACUUUGGUUGAUAUCAUGGCUCAAAGCGGAUUGGAUGUUUAUGCUCAUAACUUGGAGACUGUUGAAGAUUUGACUCCUUACGUUAGGGAUAGAAGGGCUACCUAUAAGCAAUCCUUAAGUGUAUUGAAAAGAGCUAAAGAAACUGUUCCAACUCUAAUUACAAAAACUUCCUUGAUGUUGGGGUUAGGCGAAACCAAAGAACAAGUUUUACAGACUUUAAAGGAUUUAAGAGAGGUUAAUUGCGAUGUGGUAACUUUUGGUCAAUACAUGAGACCCACCAAAAGGCAUAUGAAAGUUGUGGAAUAUGUCAAACCAGAAAUAUUUGAAUAUUGGAAAAAUAAGGCUUUAGAAUUGGGAUUUCUAUAUUGUGCUUCUGGUCCAUUAGUUAGAUCUUCUUAUAAAGCUGGGGAAUCAUUUAUCGAAAAUGUUUUGAAAAAAAGAAAAGUUCAGGCGGAGGGACCUAACAAUCUAAAAUGA